GGGGGGUUCUCUGUUCGGCUCAGCUGCUCCCUGCGCUCUGUUCCCUCCGCCAUGGCCCGGCCCCGCGCUCCUGUGCUCCUGGCCGCUGCUGCCGCGCUGCUCGGUUUUCUACAGACUUCCUUCUCAUUUGAAGUGAAAGAGAGUGGUAACAUCUGCAUAAUUGCUGAUCUGUUUGUAAACUUCUCAGUGGAAUACCCUGCCAAGGAUCACCAAAAGAUGGCAAAUUUUGCACUUCCACAAAAUGCUACUGUACUGCACAACAGCACUUGUGGUAAAGGGGAUACACCUACUCCUGUUCUCGUGAUUGGAUUUGGAAUGGGACAGUCCUUAAGCCUGAAAUUCAUGAGGACCUCAAACCAGUACAGAGUUGAAGAGUUAACCUUCAGUUACAAUUUGUCUGAUGCCACUUUCUUUCCUGGUUCCUCAGCUGCAGGAACAAUGGAAGUCUCUCAAAAAACUGAUAUUCAGGCAAACUUGGGUACAAGAUACCGAUGCAUCAGUACAGACCAGGUCAAUAUGAAGAAUGUCAAUGUUACUCUUAGCAAUGUUACGCUUGAAGCAUAUCUUGUGAAUAAUACCUUAAGUGUAAAUGAAUCUGAAUGUACUGGAGACAAAUCGAAACCUACCAUUGCUACUACAACUGCCAGGCAGACUACUAGCCAGGUGCCUACCACUACUAGUCUAGCACCAACCACACUGCCACAGAACCCAGCGGUUGGUAAAUACAAUGUGACUGGUAAAAACGGGACCUGUGUACUUGCUUCUAUGGGGUUGCAGCUUAAUGUAUCCUAUGAAAGGAAAGACGGAAAGACUGGAUUAGAUGUGCUCAAUUUCAUCCCACCUAAUACAUCUUUCUCUGGAAAUUGUGACAAUUCCUCAGCCUUCUUGAACUUGACUUUUGGGAAAGCCAAGCUCAUCUUCCACUUCAUUCGGAACACAAGUAUUGAGAAGUUUUUCCUGCAAGGUGUCACUGUGAACACAGCUUUGCCUCCUGAAGCCAAAAAACCACAGUUUGAAGCUGUGAACAACAGCAUGAGUGAGCUUGGUGCUUCAGUGGGAAAUUCCUAUAUGUGUCAUGCAGAGGAGAAUCUCUUGGUCACACAAGGAGCUUUUGUCAACCUGUUCAACGUUCAGGUCCAAGUUUUCGAGAUUGAUGGAGACAAAUUUGGGGCAGUGGAAGAAUGCCAGCUGGAUGAAAACAACAUGCUGAUCCCUAUCAUAGUAGGUGCAGCUCUUGCUGGACUUGUCCUGAUAGUCUUGAUUGCUUAUUUGAUUGGCAGAAAGAGAAGCCAUGCUGGAUAUCAGACAAUUUAAUGACUUGCACUUAAAUUAAUCUAAUUAGAUACAGAGCAGUUGCAAGAAGCAAAUAAAUUGUGUUCCCCUGCGUUAAGAUUGGUAUUAUAAGGGAAAACAGCCUUUCCUGCAAAAUGCUUCUUGUUAAGUCUGCCUUAUUAAAUGUGAAAUCCAUCUUGCAGCAUUUAACUAUGCACAAAGGAAUAACUUCUGAAAUUCUGGUGGCUAAUUUUGCUAACUAGUUUAAACAUUUACCCACUUAAAAACAAGCUGCAGCUUUUGAGGGUGUUUUUUGAAAUGGACUGCAUUAAUGUCAGUUAAAGAUUCCAGACUUGUGUGUAGUUAGUUCACAUUCACUCAACUUCUGAUUUUUAUUAAGCCUAACAAAGGGAAUAUAUUCACUCUGAUACUACCAUCCUGCGAUGGAAGUUUAAUUAUACUGAUUUAAAGUAUAAGCAAUGACUGACAACAUGAAAAUCUAAACCCCACCUUGUCUCCUAGGUGUGUAUUUUUACUAAGCUUUAAACACAAUGCAAUACUCAAACCCUAUAGGAACUCAUUUACAAUUGGACAACUCCCCUCUUUGGUACUUUUGAUGCCCUGCCAGCUUGUUAGAAGCUGGCACUUUUUUAAAUGUAAAAAAAUGGGUGUUUAUUUUUAUUUACAUUUUUUUGUAAAGUGAAUUUCAGUCUCUUCUGUUGGAAGCUCCAGAGAUCCUGUUUCUGCACAUGUGUACAAUAUCGAUCUCAAUCUGCUGAUUCUCUUGCUUUAACCUUGGCUGGGGGUUGUACACUUCAAGGAUCAGUUCUGAUGUAUGCAUUGCCUGUAACAAUGCUAAUAAAAACAUCUUUUUUUUUUCUGUA